AUGGUUGAUAUUUAUGGUACAACAUCUGUUAAGACAUUAAUAUUUGGUUAUAAUUAAGGACAUACAUUCAAUGUAGUUUAAGAUGCUAAUAAUGUUUUGAUAACAGUGAGUGGAGCUAAUGUAUAAUAAAUUAAUUUUGCAAUUAUGGCCUUUGAUGAUACUAUAAUAAAUAAUUCAUAUCAAACCAUUUUUGAAUAAUACAUUUAAUUGUUAAUAUUAUCAAUUGAAUUAUCUACUAGAACACCUUUACGAUUUAUAAAUCAAUAUUGGAAGUUGUAUCCUUUAUCAAUUACUGGGACAUUUGAAGCAUUAACUGAAUAAAUAGGAGGGUAUUAUAUAAAUACAGGAACAAAUGCAAUAAAUAGUAAAUAUCCUUUUGAUGUUUCACAUAAGAUUAGCACAAAUCUCAAAUAAAAUAUUAUAUAUACUAAUGGAUAUUUAGUAAAUGGAGAUUCUGCCUUUGGUAAAUUAACUAAAUACUUUACAUAAGCUAAUGAUAAAUUUAUUUUAGGAGCAUAAUUAAACAAUAUUCAAUACAUAUCAAUUUCAAUUACUUCAACAGAUACAUUUGUGUCUUGUUCAUAAUCAGAAUAUAUAUAUUAUGAUAUAUAUGCAUAUAUAAGUUAGUGUAAGAGGACUGAAUUCUAAAUAUAUUAAAUAUUUAUUAUAAAUUUGAAUGAAUAUGAUAGCUCUAUUGCAUUAUAACAAAGUAGUACUGAAGUGAAGAUAGCCAAUAUUUAAAAAGUCAGAUAAUUGUAUUAUUUAAUGGUAGUAUCUAAAAGUUCUAAUAAUUUGAAUACUAAUGCAAUAAUAUAGGAUAUCUAUUAAGGAAUAUUAAAAUCGACUGGAUUUUUUGGCUUUGAUUUUUAGUGUUUGACUUACAAUGAUGAUCUAUAAUGUGAUACAUAUAGAAAUGGAUAUAAGACAUCUAUGAGCAAUGAAUUUGAUGNAAUAACUAUAUCAAAUUAUAUUGGUCAAUUAUAUUGGUAAGGUAGAGCAUUUGAAUGCAUCCCAUAUCUUAAAAAUGUUAAAUAAACAUUUUUGGAAAAUCAUCAAUUUUUACUUGAAGCUAUACCAACUAAUUUAUUACCAUUAAAAGUGACUGAUGGAUCCAAUUAUAUUGCUACAGCAUUCUCUUCAAGUAAAUUUACUGCAAAUAGUGCAUUAAUUUAAUUAAAUAAUGUAAAUAUCAAUUAUUAAACAGCUUCUAUAUAAUAUGAUAGUAAUGGAUUUUCAUAUUUUACUGUUUAAUUUCCAGAAAUAUUAGUAUUUGGAUUACAAAUGUAAACAUAAUUUACAUUCAAUCAAUUUACUAUUUAACAUUUUAUUACUAGUGGAUAUUAAAUUAAUAAUUAAUAACUUACUUAUUCAAGUAAUUAUGGUUAAUUUAUUGGAUAUAUGGUUGAUAUUUAUGGUACAACAUCUGUUAAGACAUUAAUAUUUGGUUAUAAUUAAGGACAUACAUUCAAUGUAGUUUAAGAUGCUAAUAAUGUUUUGAUAACAGUGAGUGGAGCUAAUGUAUAAUAAAUUAAUUUUGCAAUUAUGGCCUUUGAUGAUACUAUAAUAAAUAAUUCAUAUCAAACCAUUUUUGAAUAAUACAUUUAAUUGUUAAUAUUAUCAAUUGAAUUAUCUACUAGAACACCUUUACGAUUUAUAAAUCAAUAUUGGAAGUUGUAUCCUUUAUCAAUUACUGGGACAUUUGAAGCAUUAACUGAAUAAAUAGGAGGGUAUUAUAUAAAUACAGGAACAAAUGCAAUAAAUAGUAAAUAUCCUUUUGAUGUUUCACAUAAGAUUAGCACAAAUCUCAAAUAAAAUAUUAUAUAUACUAAUGGAUAUUUAGUAAAUGGAGAUUCUGCCUUUGGUAAAUUAACUAAAUACUUUACAUAAGCUAAUGAUAAAUUUAUUUUAGGAGCAUAAUUAAACAAUAUUCAAUACAUAUCAAUUUCAAUUACUUCAACAGAUACAUUUGUGUCUUGUUCAUAAUCAGAAUAUAUAUAUUAUGAUAUAUAUGCAUAUAUAAGUUAGUGUAAGAGGACUGAAUUCUAAAUAUAUUAAAUAUUUAUUAUAAAUUUGAAUGAAUAUGAUAGCUCUAUUGCAUUAUAACAAAGUAGUACUGAAGUGAAGAUAGCCAAUAUUUAAAAAGUCAGAUAAUUGUAUUAUUUAAUGGUAGUAUCUAAAAGUUCUAAUAAUUUGAAUACUAAUGCAAUAAUAUAGGAUAUCUAUUAAGGAAUAUUAAAAUCGACUGGAUUUUUUGGCUUUGAUUUUUAGUGUUUGACUUACAAUGAUGAUCUAUAAUGUGAUACAUAUAGAAAUGGAUAUAAGACAUCUAUGAGCAAUGAAUUUGAUGCAUCAUAAAAUUUAGUUAAUGAUGUGUAGAAUAUGAAUGGAAAGAAGUGUAAUUACUUUAAUUUUGAUAAUGCUGUUACUAUUCUCAAAAAUUAUAAAAAUACAUUAGAUACUUUGAUAAAUAAUUAGAUUUAAAGUUUCAUUUUACCAAUUUUAUCAGAUAAUUAUUAUCAAUAUGAUGCAUUAAUUAUAGGUAAAUUAACUUCGUCUUCACAACCUACCACUUAUAUCGAUGUACCUCAAUAAAGUGCAAGUGAAGUUUAAAAAACUACUCCAUAAUUUUUUGGAGCAUAAUCUCAACUUUAUUAGUUUACAAAUAAUGCUGUAUCUUUGACACUUAUUGAAACUAGAAUCGACGAGAUAAUUAUUUUUAAUAAGCUUAUUCCGAGUAAUAAUGGAAAAUUAGAUGUUUCAACAUCAUUCUUUAGUGAUUAUGGAAUUGUAUUUUAAUCAAUUUGCUACACUACUUAUGAUUCUUAAAUAUUUCCAAAUACAUAUGAAUGUUUUAUUAGACCUUUAAAUACAAAGUUUGAUUAAAUCAACACAAUUAUCACACCUCCACUUAAAGACUUAACUUACAAAAUACAACAAUAAGAUAACAUAUUUAUAAUUUAUUUGGUUUUUGCAGAUUUUGGAACUGCCCCAUAAACAAGUUAAGUUAUUUAAUAAAUCAGUCAGUAGGUUUAUUCUUAAAUAUUGAAUUCAGUAUAAAAUGAUCAAUGUAAAUGUUGGGGUAGAUAUAGAUAAAAGGAAAAUAAUUGUAGAUGCUAAGAUGGAUAUUAUCCACCAGCAGAUACAUCAUUUGGAUUACUUGAUUGCUAACCUUGUGAUUACAAAUGUCUAACGUGUUAAUUUACUAAAACAUAAUGUAUAAGUUGCCCAUUGAAUUCAAAUAGAGUAUUAGACUUGGUUUCUUAUACUUGUGAAUGCAAAUAAGGUUAUUUGGAAUUAGGAGUUAUUUUAUGUAGUCCAUGUCACUAUUCUUGUGGAAAAUGUAAUGCAUUACCUCAAAAAUGUACUGAAUGUGACAUUCUACAUCAUAGGACUUGGGAUAAUGUAAAUUUUCUAUGUUAUUGUAAUGAUGGAUAUUAUGAUGAUGGAAGCAAUUCAAUUUGUGCAAAAUGUGAUCAUAGUUGUAGUAAAUGUAAUUAAGCAGGAAAGAUCUGUUAAGCUUGUGUUUUAUCUGUAUUUAGAACUCAAUAGGCAGAUAAUACAUGUCCAUGUGAUGCUGGAUAUUAUGAUGAUGGUGCUAAUUCUUUAUGUUAACCUUGUGAUUAUACUUGUUAUACAUGUGUAGAUACUCCAACUAAAUGCACUGAUUGUAAAGUAAACUCGCAUAGAUGGUUAUCUAAUAAUGAGUGUAUUUGUGAUACUCAUUAUUAUCAUGUAAAUCUACUUUGGGAUUGUUAACAAUGUUCAAUUUAUUGUAAAAAUUGUACUGGGCCUGCAAGAACAGAGUGCAACGAUUGCUAAGCUAUUUAGAAUAGAGAAUUAAUUGUUACAAGUUGUGAGUGUUUAGCUGGAUAUUUUAAAGAUUCCUUAGAUUCUAUAAUAUGCCCAUAAUGCGAUUACUAAUGUAAAACUUGCAAGGUGAUGAGCAAUUAAUGUUAAUCUUGUGAACCAACAUAUAAUAGAUUAUUUGAUUCUUUUAAUAAGAAAUGUUAUUGCAAAGAUGGAUAUUUUGAUGAUGGUACAAAUGCAUAAUGUUAAACAUGUUCAUACAGAUGCAGAACUUGUGUUGGUAAUUUAGAUAAAUGUUUGAGUUGUCCAUUAAAUACUAAUAGAAAAUAUGAUUCUACAAAAAAUACUUGUAAGUGUUAGUCAUCAUUUUCUGAUAUUGGUGUUCCUGUUUGUAUGAAAUGUCAUGCAAGUUGUUAAGAAUGUUAAACUUUAGCCACAUUUUGUCUUUAAUGCAACACAAAUAAAACAUUUAGAAUAGACAACAGCAGCAUUAAUAACACUUGUCCUUGUUAAGAUGGCUAUUAUGAUGAUGGAAUGAAUACUGUAUGUAAAUUAUGCCAUCCUUAAUGUGAUACUUGCUCUCAAUUUUAAGUAUGCACUUCAUGUAAUGUAACAUAUGGACGAGUGGAUAAAAGUGCUAUAGAUAAUACAUGUCCAUGUAAUGAUGGAUUCUAUGAUGACAAUCUUAAUAAAUAAUGUUAGACUUGUCAUUAUACUUGCAAGACUUGCAUAGAAAAAAACACAAAAUGUGUAACAUGUAAUACUAUUGGAACAUAGAGAUAAAAUGCCACAGAUUCAUGUCCUUGCAAUGUAGGAUAUUAUGAUAAUGGCAAUUUAAUAUGUGAGAUUUGUCAUUAUAAAUGUGCAACUUGUUCAUAAUAAAGUACAUAUUGUACUUCUUGUCCUUUAAGUAGAUAAGGUACAAAUUGUGAUUGUAAAAUUGGAUAUAUAGAAAAUGGAGUUAAAGAAUGUACAGCCUGUUAUUUUAAAUGUGGACUUUGUACACUUAGUGAUUUGAAUACUUGUUUAGCUUGUAAUUUAAAUCGAAUCAAUUUACCUAUUUGCGAUUGUGAUUCUGGUUAUUAUGAAUUAAAUAAUGAAUGCUUACCUUGCCCUAAUAAAUGCUUAUCAUGUGAUUCCACAAAAACUUGUUAACUUUGCAAAGGGGAUAGACUUAAUAAUCCAGUUUGUUAUUGUCCUGAUGGUUAUUAUGAAGAUGAGAUUUCUAUUAAUUGUAAAGUCUGUUUUGGAAAUUGCUCUACAUGCAACAAAGACAGUUGUCUAACAUGUAAAGGAAAUAGAAUUUUAGAGCCCUUACAAUGUUCAUGUCCUCAAAAUUCAAUAAGUCAUAUAGAAACACCUUUUUGUUCAGAUUGUGAUGUAGCUGUAAUCUCUGCUUAAUUUAGCAGUGAUUUAAGUAUAAUUUAUUUUACAUUUCCAUUCAAUGUACAAUUUGUAUCAAUUAAGAAAGUCACUCCUUAUUCAGCUUGCUCCUAAAUAUUUCCUCCAAGUACAUAUUCAACAUUAGGUCCUUCUCCUUUAUGUUCAAUAAUUUAAGAAAACAUUUUAAUAGUAGAAUUAUCUGAACAAAGUAGUAUAACUGUAAGCACAACCAUAUAAUUUAACUCUGAUAUAUUAUUAAAAACAGGAUGCAGCUCUGCAAUAUCUUCUUUUAUUUUGAUUAAUUUCUCUUACAAUCCUGUGAAAAUGGAUCCUGUAUUUGAAUUAACAACCUAUAGUGAUCCAAUUACUCUUUGUUAAGAUAUACCAAUCAAUAUAAUCAAUAAAUUUGUUGAUGGAAGAAGAAAUUUUACAGGAAUAUCUUGGAGUAUUGUUAAAAUGUAUCCAUAAACAUCAUCUGUAUCUUUAUAUUUAACAGGGCUCUUUGCUGAAGCUAAUGCAAAUAAUUAUUAAUCUAUUACAAUAGCUCCUCUCUCUUUAAGUGAAUAUGGCACAUAUGUAAUUCAACUAAAGGCUAAAAAUUUUAGAGAUUAAGUUUAUACUGCACAAACAACAAUCUAAACAGAAUCAUUUGAAUCACCAAUCAUAAAAAUUGAUCCAGAAUAAUAAUAUAUAUUUGGUAGAUGGGAAGAUUUAUCAUUCACAGUUACCCUUAAACAUGUAUCAUGUUAUACUGACUCUGUUAUUGAAAUUUUUGAUGCAAUAAGAGUUAAUUGGACUGAAAUAGCUAAGACUCCCCAAGAUACUCCUAGUGUGCUUAAGGAAUCUGUAAUCUCUGAAACUGAUGGUAUGACUUUUCUCAGCACUUUAAGAAUACCAGCAUAUACAGCAGCAAUUAGUUCUACUUACACAAUUUAAGUUACAGCGUCACUUACUAAUAAACCUAUCAAGACAUCAAUAUAAUUUACAAUAACAAUAAUUAGUAGUCCUAUGUAGGCUUACAUUUAAGGUGGAACAAGAACUUAAUCUUUUAAUGAUUAUACAAUUCUGAAUGGGUUUUGUAGGGAUCCUGAUCUUGAUUAUCCAUGGAACAAAGAUCCUGAUAUAACAUUUAAUUGGAGAUGUAUAAAUCUAGCCACUAGUGAAAGUUGCACAGAUUCAAAUAAAGAACCCUUAGAAUUAAAUGUAACUGAUUCUACUCAGACUUUUAAACCUAGAGUCUUAGAUCCCUAUUAACCACUAUAAUUUGUUAUGAGAAAUACUAAAAAGUCAACUAUAUUAAUUACUUAAAUUAUUUUGUUGGUUAUUGAAAAUGAUUUACCUAAUAUUUAAGUAAGUUAUCCAUCAGGAUAUGAUAGUAGAUAAAUAUUAUUACAUGAGGAACUCAAUUUUACUUUAGCAACAACUGUUGAUCCUGAUUCCUUAAAGUAUUUUUGUUAAAUUAUAUACAACUACAAUAUUGUGGCAUCAUUUACAUUUAAGUUUUUAUAAGUUAAAUUUCGUAUUUGGGACUAUUGGGAAGAUACUGAUCAAUCAAUUAAUGGAAUCUAAAUUAAAAUGGCUGCUAAAGAUAUUUAUCAUUAUAUGCCAUCAACUUCAUCUGUUAAUUUAUUAUUGAAUAUACCACCCAGUAAUUGUAAAUUUACUAUAAUUCCAUCUACUGGAACAUCUAUAACUGAUCUAUUUGUUUUGUCAGUUACCAAUUGUAAUGAUGUUUAGCUUCCUUUAUAAUAUCAAUUUCAUAUUUAUUCAAGUCAAAAAACAUUAGACAAUGAUAAUUUAAUAGGAGAAACAAUAAAUAAAAAGUCAAUAACAGAUAAAUAAUAAAGUCCUUAAUUAUAAUUAGUAUUACCAACUCCUAUAAAUCCUGAUAGUAGUAUAGCUUAUGAAUUAGUACUUGUAGCUAGUAUUUUUGAUAAUAAUAAUGGAAUGAAGAAUCUUACAAAAACAGUUAAAAUUAAUAGUAUUUAUUAAAAAGUAGAAACAUCAGAUUUUUUAUCUAUUUUAUUAUAAAUUAGAAGAGCACUUAAAUUAAGUGAUACAAUAGAUGAAUCAUCUCUUCCUUCAUUAUUUAUUGGAAGUUAAGAAUUAUCAACUUUAUAUAAUUAAUUAUAACCAGAAAAAAAAGCAUAAAUGAAAAGUAUUCUUAAGGAUAUUUAUAAUAUAUUAUAAUCAUUUUAAGGUAAAAUGACAAGUAAAGUUUUAGAAGAAUCACUUUUAUCAUCUAUAGCAGCUAUUGGUAGAACUGGUAUUAAUUAUGAAAUGGAUGAUUCUGAUGUUGUUGAUUUUUAUACAAUUAAAUAAUAAAUUAAGAAAACAGUUAAAUAAUUAAAUAGAUAAAUUAAUGAAUUAGAUUAUUUUUUAAAAUAAAAAUCAAAAUCAGGAGGAUCAACAUCAAAAUUUGAAGAUGCAAUUAAAGCAUUAGAUAAUACAUUAUUAAAUAGUGGUUUUGUAACUGAUACUAUAUUUAAUGCAAUUAAAAAUAAUUAAUUUUAAGGAGCAGAUGUUACAGAUGCAGAUGUUAAUUUAUUAAAAGAAUAAAUAUAAUAAAUCAAUAAAUUAGUAGCAAUUGCUACUUUAAAGAGAAGUUUAGCUAAUGAAAAGCCUAGAUAAUAUGCAGGUUAAUAAAUGGGUAUGUAAGCAUAUAAAUCUACACCUGCUUAAAUAAAUAAAAUAUUAAGUGGAUCUAUAACACCAAGAUUUUUUGGAGGCAGCUCUUAGGAUACGUCAACUAAUGGUUUAUAAGGAACUGGAAGCGAGGAUAAUUUAAAUUUAGAAGAAGAAGAAGAUGAAAUAAAUUAUGAUGAAUAUCUUUCUAUUUUAAAUGGAACAUAUAAUAAAAAUGACACAAAUAGUACAAAUAGUACAACUAAUACAAAUAGUACAAAUUCAGGAGGUUAAAGAAGACUUCUUUAAUUUGUUGAUUGGAUUUAAAAUAAAAAUAAUGUUGAUUAUUUAAGAAAUUUAUAAUAAAUAGAUCCUGUUGCUGUUAAAUAAUAUGAAGUUAGUAUGUCUAAUUUUGCAACAAGUCCUAAUUUAAAUGAUCCUAAAUUUUAAACUUAACUUAAAGUUAAUUAAACAAAUGAAGUUUCAAACACAUCAAAUAUAACUCGUGAUUAAUCAAUAGUUAGUAAUUUUGGUACAAUAUAACCAAAUAUCACAAUGACAGAAGGUGGUUAAAGUACAGAAAUAAAAACACUUGAUGGUCAAACUAUUAAAUUAUCAUUUCAAGCUCCAUAAAAUGAUAGUGCUAAUUCAACUAUGGAAUGUUUAUCUGAGUCUAAAGAUACUUGGGAAACUGGUACAUGUAAAAUAAAGAAAGAUGUGGAUUCUAAAGGUAAUAUAGCAUAUGUUUGUGAUUGUGUUGUUGUUAAUCCUACAACAGUCAUAACAAAAUUAGAUAGUUUUAUUUCAAACAAGCUAAGUUCAGUAUUCAAUGCUGAUUCUUUUGAUAUCUUUUUACAAAUUUAGUUUUGGAAAUAUGCAAUUUUCUAUAUAGCUAUUGGAUUUACAGGUGCUUAUGUAGCACUCAUGGUUAUUGGAUUAAGAAAGGAUAAUUAAGAUUUUAUAGAAGAAAUUACUAAGGAAUUAGAUAUUAACACUAAUUAAAAUACUAAUUUGCUCAAUUUAAAGAAAGAAAUUCAUGAUAUAGUAAUAGAAGAGAAAAGUAUAGAAGAUUCUGCGGAACAUGAAAAUGAAAUAAAUCCAGUUAUUCAAUCUGCCGAAUAUCCUAAACUAGCUUUACUUAGUUUAAAAGCACCAAUGAAUGUUUAAUUCAAACUAGAUGAUAAAGGGAAUUUAAUUGUUCCUGAUGAAGAAAAUACAGGUUUAAAUCAACAUGAAAUUCAAAGUUUAUAAGUCGAAAGAAAUAGAAAUAAAAUAAAUUUUAAAUAAGUUCAAGAUUAAUUAUAAUAACAUUAAUUAUAUAAUCCUACAACAAAUAAAUAAUCAGGAAGAGCAACAGAAUUAUCAAAAGUAAUAAAAAAUGUAUAUACAAUUCAUGAUUUAAAAUAUUAACAUGGUUAAUAAAUAAAACUUAAACCAUUAACUUUAAAAGUACUUUGGGAAGGAAUAUUGGUAAUAUUUUAUAUAUUAAUAUUAGACUCUUCAUAGAGUAUUAUAAAUAUUGAUGUUAUAUGAUGAUAUAAUAAGUAGACCAGCUAGAUUUGCUUUAAUAUAUGCUAAAACUAUUUUAGUAUUAGCAUUAUCUGCAUUAUUUUCAGGUAAUAUGGGACCUGUUUAUGGUACUCUUAUAUCAGUUGGAAUUGGUUAAGUUAUUAAUGUUAUUUUAUCUAUUAUUACAGUUACAAUGAAAGCAUCACCAAUUCUUAAAUUUUUAGGUAUUUUAUUAACAAUUGCAAUUUCUGCUGUUUGUUGGUUUAUUGUAUUAAUGCUUUCUGCAAGUAUGGAAGAAACAUAAGUAUUUUUUAUUAUUAAUAUUAUUUUAGGCAAAUAUGUGGGCAGUUUAAUUUGCAUCAACAUAAGUUAUUGAUCUAAUCAUAGUUGAAUUCCUUGUUAUUUCUCUUAAACUUGCUAUCUAUCCUUGGGCAAUUAAGGCAUUAAAUAAUCCUGAAGAAAGUGCCUCUAAAUUUUUAGCCAAUUUAGUUUUUAUAAUUGUUGCCCAACCAUAGAUUUAGAAGUUUUUUGAGGUGGAAGAUAAACACGAAGAUAAUUUAGAAGCCUGA